AGCUAAACUGCCGCCAGGUGCAGACGUUACCUGUUAACGUUAGCAUAACGGCUGCAUAUCCCUAGAGACCGUUGAUAAACGUUUUAUAUUACAACGGGAAGGAAUUGCUUCGAGGCUACAGGGGAGCAUGCCGGAUUCUGUACAGCCUUGAAGAUGAAGAUAAAGAUGACAGAAAUAAAUUAUAAACAAGGAAGGAGACCAUUAAAGCUAUCUCCAGACCCCUGCAGUGCAAACAACGGUGGGCUUUGGCUGCCAGAUGCUGGGGAUAAUGGAUAGGACUGCAGAAGGAAAGAUGGAGAGGUGUGUGCAGCCAGCCACACAGACAUGCAAGUUGUGGCAGGCCGGUAGAUGAUGAAGUGAUGGAGAUGUUAGGAGGCCACGGCCAUUGUGAUGCUGGGUGGCUGUUACUCUGGAACUGCCAUCUGCCGAAAAGGGUGCUGUGUAAUGAUAUCCUCAGCCUGAAGGUGGCAGGAGAUCCAGUGCUAACCCCCAACUCGGUGUGCCUGAGGCUGGCAGGCCUCAGUAAACGUCAGAUGCGGAUGUGUGUGCGGAGCCCCGAUGUCACGGCCUCCGCUCUGCAGGGCAUCCAGGUGGCCAUCCAUGAAUGCCAGCACCAGCUCCGUGACCAGCGCUGGAACUGCUCCUCUCUGGAGGGCCUUGGGAAGCUUCCGCACCACAACACCAUCCUCAACAGGGGUUUCCGCGAGAGUGCCUUCUCUCUGGCUUUGUUGGCAGCGGGUGUGGCUCACUCUGUGGCCUCGGCCUGCAGCAUGGGCAAGCUGCGGGGGUGUGGCUGCGAGGCCAAGCGUCGCCAGGACGAUGACAAGAUCCGGCUGAAACUCACACAGCUGCAGCUGCAGACCCUGCAGAAGGGUGGAGUAGGCCUCGGCAUGACACGGUCAUUACCCUCAGGGCUGAACGGUCACCAUGGCGACCUGCCCGCUAACCUGCGCUCCACCCACCCCUCCGCCCUGCUCAAGCCUUUACCAGAUGAGCUGAGCUCCAUGCAGGAGACGUGGGAGUGGGGGGGCUGCAGUCAUGACGUCCGUUUUGGUGACCGUUUUUCCAGGGACUGGCUCGACUCCCGUGGGUCUCCAAGAGACAUCCACGCUCGCAUGAGGAUACAUAACAACCGGGUGGGACGACAGAUAGUGACUGACAACAUGAAGAGGAAGUGCAAAUGUCAUGGCACAUCAGGGAGCUGUCAGUUCAAGACCUGCUGGCAUGUGUCUCCUGAGUUCCGGCUUGUGGGUUCUCUACUCAAGGACAAGUUCCUGUCAGCCAUCUUUGUCAACUCCCAGAACAAGAACAAUGGGGUUUUCAACCCUCGAACUGGAAACGGUGCCAGCGGGAGUACAGGGGGACUCAACGGAGGUCGCCGCCGAUCCAUGUCCAGAGAGCUGGUGUACUUUGAGAAGUCUCCUGAUUUCUGUGAGCGUGAUGCAUCAGUAGACUCUCCAGGUACACAAGGACGCAUCUGCAACAAAACCAGCUACAGCACAGACAGCUGCGGCUCACUGUGCUGUGGCCGUGGACACAACAUCCUGAAACAGACACGCAGCGAGCGCUGCAAUUGUAGGUUCCACUGGUGUUGCUACGUGCUGUGUGAGGAGUGCCGUCUCACGGAGUGGGUCAAUGUGUGCAAGUAGAUUCUCCCAGUCCCAGUUGCCUUUACUCAUCCAGGACUCAAGAUGGCGAGCCUGUCCCUUCGCCCACUCCUUUUGUUCAAGCAUUUGUUUUGCUCCUUGUGUAACUCUCCCAGAGAAUCUGUUUACCCCCCCUCUCUCCUAUUUUUUUUUUGGUCCAUCAUCUGGGAUCUAUUUUCUCUUUGUAGCCGCUGUUAUUCUCAAAAUGCCAAGUCAGAGAUUGAAGAGGUGACUCAUGUCAUUUGUCUUGCCAUGGCCUGUUUAGACGCUGCCCUCUCAGCCAUGAAAACAGCCUAUACCCCAUCUUCUCUAUCCCACAAAACAAAGAGGAGCAACAGCAGAGAAGCUUUCCUGUUACACUGUCUACAUGCUGACUCAUCUCAUUGUACAGUAGUUGUGUAUUUUAAUGUGUACAUGUAUAUUUGUAAAUGUAUUAUUAUUAAUAUUAUUAUUGUGUCAGAGCCUGUCUUUUUGGUUCUAGUUACUGACAGAUUCGUGCUGGCUGAGUAGCUCAGGAUGGUGAACCAGUGCUGUUAGACAACUAAGUCUCAUCGCAGCUUAUCUUUCAUUUAACCGUGCUCUUCUAACGAUAGAAGAUAUUUACUCCAUUUGUAUAUUUUGCACCUGUGACUCAGACAGAGCAACGGUACUUUAUGGGGGUCAGUCAGAAAAUGUUUAUAGACAAUGGUUUUACUAUAGAAGAAGACAAGAUUAAGAGCAGUGUUUUGUGGUUUCUGAAGGACUGAUACAUCUGAUAGAAAGCUUUGUUUCCUAGAAACAACAGGACAGAAAGCACAUAAACUUAUCAACUUAUCAAAGCUUGUAUACUUGUAAAAGUCAAGAUGGGAAAGUUUUGGAAACAAAUUCAGACCUUCGAUUCCUUACGCUGAGCAACUAAUCAUUUUGAUUUAUUUACACCAUUGUAACAAUAUUGAUUACUUCAUGAGAGUGGUCGCGAGUGGUCGUGUUUUUCAUGAAUGUAACUGUGAUGUGAUGCGUGUCACUUUUCCUAUGAAACCGUGACUGAGCUCUUGUUUCCCUGUGCUUGCUUUUGUCCAUUUCAUCAGUCCGAGCUCUCCGUAGAUUCUUCCCACAUGUAGUACAUGUCAAAGUGAGAGAUGGACCUGCUUAUUCUGAUGCUGAAGGGUGUGUGUAUGUUUGACUCUGUGUGUGUGUGUGUGUGUGUGUGUGU